AUGGCCUACGCGCAGCCCCUACCGGCCCACCUCGCGCACCAGUCGUCGUUUGCGUCGCUCGAGCUGAGCGCCGUCCUCGACGACCUCGCCGCCCGCUUCAUCGUCAACCUCCCCGCCGAGGAACUCGAGAGCAUGGACAGGGUCUGCUUCCAGAUCGAACAAGCCCACUGGUACUACGAGGACUUUGUGCGCCCGAUGGCGUCCAACCCGUCGCUCCUCCCGUCGUACACGCUCAAGGCCUUCUCCCUCCUCAUGUUCAAGUCGUGCCCGCUCCUGCACGACCUCGUGCCGCAGCACGCCCAGAUCUGGACCUCGUUCAUGCAGUACAAGGAGCGCGUGCCCGUGUGCGGCGCCGUCCUCAUCAACGAGUGGUGGGACAAGGUGCUUCUCGUCAAGGGCUGGACCAAGGGCUCGUCGUGGUCAUUCCCGCGAGGCAAGAUCAACAAGGAGGAGCCCGAGGCCAUGUGCGCCGUCCGCGAGGUCCUCGAGGAGACGGGCUACGACCUGACGGCCAGCUUCCCGCCAGCGCAACUGCACCCGUCGUACGUCGAGCGCGAGGGCCACGAGCGCGUGCCGUACUACGUCGAGCUCGUCAUCCGCGAGCAGAAGAUCCGCCUGUACUUUGUCCCCGGCGUCAGCGAGCGCACCAGGUUCGAGACGAGGACGCGCAAGGAGAUCUCGAAAAUCGAGUGGUUCAGCCUGUCGGACCUGCCGACCUGGAGCAAGGAGGUCGCGAGCGGCGGCGCCGGCGGCAACAAGAAGGGCAAGGGCGCCGCGAGGACCAAGAGCGAGCUCGCCAAUGGCCGGCAGGCAAAGUUCUACAUGGUGACGCCGUUCAUCUCGCACCUCAAGCUGUGGAUCGACCGCAACAAGCCGCGCAACCUUCCUCCUCGCCCUGCCGCGUCGUCGCUCUCGCCGUACCCCGUCCCGGCCCGUGCGCCGUCG